AUGGGCAACGGUGCUCGAGCACAGCAGAAGCGCGAGCGCAAUGCUAAGGAUACCAAGAAAGGGCCUACCUCGCAGCUGAAAUCUAACGCAGCAGCCAAAUCCAUCAUCUGCAAGAUCUGCAGACAGGACUUUCAGGUCACGACCAAGCAGCCGGCGCUGGAGCAGCAUGCCUCGAGCAAACACGCUGGCAAGGCGUUGACGGAUUGUUUCGACGCUCCUGCGUGA